CCGAUCUUUUUUUGUUGCUCACCAACCAUUCUCGAGUACGAUGAAUAAUCCAUCUUUCUCAGGGCCCGGAAAAAUAUUCAGCUAUAAAAGCGGCUGAUGAUGAGGAGAGUGCAUCAUUCUCCCCUUCCUUCACCUAGAUUUGUAUCGUUAUGGUCCAAGACAUUUUCCGUGACUCUACCAUUGGUCAGGCCAUCAACUACAUCUCAAAUGGUCGUAUCUUUCCCUACGCAGACCAACGGCCCGACUUUAAGGUCCCUUCACAUUUCCUCCUUCCGGCAUCUCAAAGGCCGUCGACAGUCGUUUCCCCGGACUCCGACGCGACAACGUUAUGCGGUGACCUGGAAAAGUCUAGAGGUGCAUCAACGCCGGGAGUACAGCUCACAAGGGAAUCCACGUUGGCUGUGGAUCUCGAUGCGGAGAAGGCAAAACAGAUCGAUGUUGCUCUUCGAGACGAUCCUUACAUAGUUGGAUGGUAUGGAGACGAUGAUCAGGAGAACCCAAGAAAUUGGUCUCCCGCAAAACGCGCAUUUGUCGCGUUCAGCAUCAGCUUCUUGACCUUCAGCGUGUACAUCGGCUCAGCUAUCUACACGCCGUCAAUUCCCGGCUUGAUGACUGACUUCAAUGUCUCGCAGACCACUGCCACUCUCGGUCUCACGCUCUACGUUCUUGCGUACGGUAUUGGACCCAUGUUUUUGGCACCACUUCAAGAACUUCCGGGAAUAGGUCGAAACCCGGUUUACAUGGCUACCUUGUUCCUAUUCGUCAUCUUCCAGAUACCCGUCGCGUUCGCCAGAAACAUAAGCACAGUUCUGGCAUUCCGCUUCCUCACCGGAUUUGUUGGCAGCCCUGCGCUCGCUACAGGAGGCGCAUCUAUGGGGGACAUAUACCCUAUGCACCAGUACGCAUACGUGCUGGGUAUCUGGGCGCUCGGAGCUGUGGCUGGCCCCAUCACUGGCCCAGUUAUCGGAGGGUUCGCAGCACAGGCCAAUGGGUGGAGGUGGCCUCAGUACGAGCUCCUCUGGAUCGCCGGUUUCGCGCUCAUCUUCCUUACGCUGCUUCUUCCCGAGACAUACGAGCCAACAAUCUUGCUGAAGCGCGCGCAACGGCUCAGGAAGCUAACGGGAAACCAGAAGUUGAGCUCCCAAAGCGAGAAGGAUAAAGAGGGCGAGACUCUGAGAGCAGUGAUGCAGGAAGCGCUCAUCCGUCCCGUUAUUCUUGCGAAGGAGCCUGCUUUGAUGUUUGCAAAUGUCUACCUCGGGUUUGUCUACGCAAUCUUUUACCUGUGGUUCGAGGCCUUCCCGCUUGUAUUCACCGACAUCUACAACUUCAAUCUCGGUCUCAGUGGCCUGCCUUUCCUUGCAUUCGUCGUCUCUGGCGCUAUUACAUACACCGCGUAUGUUUUCUAUCAAAAAUACCACAUUGCACCUAGAUAUGCCAAAGCUGCUACAGCGGGUGUCGACAUUGCGCCCGAGAUCCGCCUGGAGAUUGGAUUGAUCGCAAGCAUCUUCAUCCCGACCAGCGUUCUCAUCUUCGGAUUCACCUCGAAGGAAAGCAUCCAUUGGAUCGUUCCCAUUAUCGGCGCCGCGCUCUACCUUCCUGGCAUCUACCUCACCUUCCAGAGCAUCUUGACAUACAUCACAUCAGCGUACCCCACCUACGCCGCAUCAGUUCUCGCUGGCAACGAUUUCUUCCGCUCCGCCAUCGCCAGUGUCUUCCCACUCUUUGGACGUGCAUUCUUCGUCAACCUUGGUUUGGGCCCAGGCUCUGCCCUACUCGCUGGCAUCUCUUUCUUGCUUAUGCCGGUGUUUUGGUCUCUGUGGAAAUGGGGCCACGUCUUGAGGCGACGUUCGGCUUACGCAGCCAGCCCAUAAACAGGGCUCGCCUCUCAACGCCUUCCACCAUUUUCGUCAGCUUUCGCUGCUGUCUUCGCGCUCUGAAAUGAGCAAAAGCGUGCCAAAUGGCAAGAAUUUAUUACGACUUGGAACGUACCCUAUAGAACGGAGAGUCAUAUAGAGCUAUAUCACUAGUUAACCCGCUUUGUUUGUAUUUCUAGACGUAGAGUGCUAUAUUAUUAACCACCAACAUGUAAUGAUUUAAUACAGUAAUGUGACAAUGCU